UUGGCGAAGGUGGCCGUGGGAGAUUUCGUUCUCUCUAAGAAGAUGUUGGGAAGACUCCAGCGCUACCAGCCGUGUGAAGUAAGCGACGCUUCGGUGCAAGCAAUUAGUGCAAUCCCGCGGAUGUACUGCUAUGGUGAGCCCUGCCGUUUCGACGCAAGCUUGCGCUGGUAUGAGUCGAGCAAACCUGCGCUGUUCUUCCCUUUCGGCAUGAGGGUAGAUCCUUCUCCCACGUCUCCACAGAUCGGCGACCUGAUGCUCAUGUUUGAGUACGUGCCCUGUGGACCUGUGAGUCUCCUGGGAGUGCAGGUGCCCUUUGAAGCAGAUGCCGGCCCAAUCUUGGUUCCGGGCAUACGCUGCAGGGUCCGAGAAAGAGAGGCAGAGAUCUGUGAGGUCACUCCCCCUCCGCUACCAAUAAAGGUGCAUUUCACCGAGCAACCACCCGGGAAGGACAGCGAGGACUACUUCGAAAUCAGCGACGUGGUCUGCUCGGAUCCACCAGAACCUUGGGCGGUGGGAACCAACCAGAAGACCUUUGUGCCUCUGCAGUUCCACGAGAACAAGGCCAAGCGAUCUAUGUGGAUAAGAGCCAACACCGCCACAACGAACAUUGCAGACGAGAUGGGGCGCAGCCUGUUGGGCGAGAACGAGGCGGACGUAUACAUUGAGGACGAUCGAUCGGUCAGGUUGCAUCUGCAGCACGGAUCGGACCAGUUGUUGAAGAUGUUGAAGCAAACCUUCAAUUGUGUGAAGUUGGCAUCUGCCUUCCUGGAUGGCUCAUCGCCUGAUGAAUUGUGUCUGGCGUUCGAGGGCACCUACUCUUGCGAGGCAGUCAUCAUGAAGGAGAAGGCAAUCGAACGACGGAUCAAUGCUGCCGUGCGUUUGUUCGGUUUCCUGUUGAUGUGGCAGAGCUUCAACUACAUGCUGCGCCCCCUGACGUGGGUGUUCUCCUUCCUGUGGAUUGUGGGGACGCUGCUCUUCCUAGUGGUGCAUGCUGGGACCUUUGUUUGUGCCUGCAUGUUCUCGGGCUGCACCAUUGGCACAGCAUGGGUCUUCUAUCGUCCUGCCUAUGGGCUAUUGAUCUUUAGCGUGCCUCUGCUAGUCCUAUGCUUGUCACACCUGCGUGCGGCGAACGAGCAGCACUUCUGA